AAAUGCACCAAUUACCAUGGAUGUAAUCAAGGGGUUAGAGCAAGAAGGAGUAAAGGUGCACAAAAGUGUAAAAGAAACUGGCCGCAUACUCGGCGUCGGUUCUUUUGGGACGGUAGUGGAGCUAAAUAUCAAAGGUUUCGGCGGAUGCGCGGGAAAGAAGAUACAUGAUAUUUUUGUUCCAGAAGGAGGUUUUAAGUUUCUCAUAAAAGAGUGCAAAUUAAUGUCGGGACUAAUUCAUCCUGACAUAACAAAAUUUCUUGGGGUCUGCUUACUUCCAUCAAGCAAAUUUCCUGCACUGGUUAUGGAGUUAAUGGACUACAGCUUUGAAGAUGUCAUUGAAAAUAAACCAGCAACGUUCGAGAAACUUGCCCUAACAACAAUGAUUUCGAUUUUUAUUGAUGUAGCAAGUGGUCUUGCUUACCUACAUAGUCGCACUCCACGUGUCCUUCAUCGUGAUCUUACUGCUCGAAAUGUUUUGCUUGACAAAUACAUGAAUGCUAAAAUCACGGAUUUUGGAAAUUCCAGAAUCAUUGAGACAACAAUAGCGAUGAAAACAAUGACCCAGAUCCCUGGUACCCAAGUUUAUAUGCCUCCUGAGGCACUCGAUGUUCAAUCUAGGUAUAAUGAUCGCCUAGAUAUUUUCUCUUUUGGCCACCUGGCCCUUUAUACACUAAUUCGUGAGUUUCCAAAAGACAUUCUGCCAGCCACAUAUUUAGCUCCUGAUGGUAAGCUGGUUGCAAGAAAUGAAGUUGAACGACGAAGUAAGUACAUGGUAAAGCUAAAUGCAGCGCUACCUGAAGAAAACCACAAUUUGUACCACCUUACAAGGCAAUGUCUACACAAUGACCCUUCAAAGAGACCAUCUUCCACUGAUCUCGGUCAUUGGCUUCAGGAAAUUCUCAAUUUUCAACAAGGAGAUUUUCAAGAGACAAUAGAAGACCCAUAUUUAUCUGAAGAGGCAGUUAGAGUGCAGCUUUCACUACGUGAAAUGGAAAAGCAUUUAAAUGAAUAUCCAUCUGAUGAUAUUCAAUAUUAUGAGGUCGUUAUCGUUUGCGUGUUUAACACAGGUCUGCUAGAAAAGAAAUCUAAAAGCAAGACGAAAGGAUGGAGAGCAUAUUCUUUUACAAUUGAUUAUAAGAAAGGAACCUUCCAAUACAACAAACCAAGUAUGCUUGGUGGAAAGAGCAACGCAAUUAAAUUAGCCGACAUUACUGAAAUUAAGGAGAUGAAGCCAAAUGGAAUUCGGUUCUCAUUUGAAGUCCACUUUGAAGGAAAGAACUCACCUUGGGAGCUUAAUGUAUACUCGGAGGACGAGAGACAGCAAUGGAAAGAAGCGCUGACUAGCCGCCCGGGUCAAAACUAAAGUCAAAUUAUCGCUGAUGUGACAGUGAUACAGAAGAGUAUAUAUGUAUAUGACUAUACAACCUACGGAGGGAUAUGGGCAAACAACAUGUGUACGAGAGGAAAGGGGUCUGAGGGAUUCACAAAGCAUAUCUCCUGACCAGAAAAGUGCUUCAUCAUCAUACAGUACCCAUCAUGAACUGGAGUUUACUUCGCCUUCACAAGUGAAGCCUAAGGCAACUACACAACUUGAAACUUGCACACCACACGACAGAUCUGAAGAAAAACCAUACCAAAAUAUUUCGAGAUUCGAGUCAAGGUCAGUGAAAAACACAUCAAAUACGCCUCAGUCGCACUUGACAAUACCACGGUCACCUUCGGAUCCAGCAGAUUUAGCACAUUCGAGUGACUCCAAUUAGACCAGAACAGCAAAUCUUAAGGCUACUAUGCACCAGUCAAAACGGCAUCUUUCCACUCUUCCAAAAAGAGUUCUACCUUUCUCGCUCCCCAUUCAGUUUAGAGCAUCCAAUCGGAGAGAGAUCCCCUGUUUUCAGUUCCAGAGAUGCCAUCUAUGAUGUCAUCCGCACCCCACUAAGUAGGUACCAGUACAGAAUCGUGGCGGCCACCAACACAACAAGCGACGUCACAGUUGAGGCCGCUUCACCGUCCUUCAACACGAUAAUUGCUUUCAUGCGAAAAGUCCCACUAUUAGGGGCUGACAGACAGAAAAACACAGGGGAUCUGAUAAUCUAAUAGUGCCUUACCCGUUCGACCGAAGAAAUGUUUUUCACACUCCUUCAGAAAUUGAGAAUAAUACAUGCUACAGCGCUAUUCACCUGCCCCACCCAGGGCACCAAAAAUGCCGUCAUACAGCCAAUACUGUCGGUAUGAGGACCCCCUCAUCUAGAACACCAGAUCAGUAGCGGAGAGUGAUUUGCCCAAGAAGAUCUUGGCUCUCCAGUGAAACAUGUCGCAUACCUUCACCAGAAUGGCAAGGCCUCCAUUCCAACCAAACCAGAAAUACCAGUACCAAUAUGAACAGUACAGCAUCGGCAUCAGCAGCACAGUCAAACUCCCAGAGAGCAGCGCACCUCCGAUUGGAAGUCCAUACAACGAUGAACAGUCAGUAGGUGACGAAAGCACUAAUGAAUCCUCAGAGGACGACAUUUAUGUUACUACCAGAGGAGAUACAAAUUCAAUAUCAGAACAACUAUUUGCACCAACGGUAACUGUUACCAACACACCCCCUGAUAUGCCAAGUGAUACUAUCAAAGCCGUGGAUACAGAAAUAGCCAAGGAAAAGGUAACAGUCAUGAUAGCACUAACUCUUCACACACAGCAGAGCAUUUGUGUAAAAUACAUGCUCAUCAUUAGAGGAUCGUCUAAAGAGAAGCCUGUCCAUAACCCUCAACACUUACAGCAGCAUCACUAGAUUGCAAAUGUCAUGAUGGGAGAAGUAUAUAAGGCUCAAUGAACUCAAACCUAGUUGCGGUAAGAGUACUUGACCGAAGUGAAACAUGGAGAAGUUGAAAAUGAAAUAACAAUCAUGAGCCAAGGUUGUCAUCAUAAUGUCAUAAGACUAUAUGGAAUUAUAAGAGAAGGUGACUUCUCACUGGUCUGGUGAUCGCGAGUUUUUAUCCAUGGAAAGGAGACUUAAAAAAGACAUAUUACAGAAAGAAAAGCAAUCUCAUGAGUUUUUAAUGAGAUGUAUGAAGAUGUUAGCAAUGGAAUGCUCUUACUCUGUGAGAGAGGAUGGGAUCGCAUCGGGACCUGGCAGCACGAAAUGUUUUGCUUGAUGAGGACAAGAUUUGCAAAGUUUCCGACUUUGGACUGCUGCGAGAGGUUCCGAGAGAUAAAGGUAUCUAUAUAUCAUCACAAAGCAAUUCGCCGUCACCAAUACGGUGGAUGGCACCCGAGAGUAUUACCGAUAACAUCUUCUCACCUGGCACUGAUGUUUGGAGUUUCGGAAUAGUGCAGUGGGAAAUGUUCUUCCCUGACAAACCACCCUACUAUGACAUGGAUAUCAUGCAAAUAGCCUCAAAAGUUUGCAGUGGCUAUCAAAUGCCUAUCCCUAGAGGGUGUCCAACGCUUGUAGCACAGAUCAUGAGAGGUUGUUGGGAGCGUGAUCCAAAUAACAGGCCUAAUUUUCUGCUUAUUUCAACUCUUCUAACUAAUC